CAAAUCUGUGCUUGCUUGAGCAUUAGAAGAGACACAACUCUCAAGGAAGUGAAAAAAAGAAGCAAGAAAAUAAGCAGCACAAAAUCUUGGAAAGAUUAAAAAUAUGAAGAUGCUCUCUCCUCUUCUCUUUCUGAGCCUGGUACUUGGAACCAACAUGACACCUUCAGUCCGGCUUUCCUGUUACAGGAAAAUAUUAAAAGAUCACAACUGUCAUAACAUCCCAACAGGAGUAGCCAGUCUCCGGCCGAUUGAUGGCCAUCUUCAAGAUCACUUUUGGGAAGGGAAAGGCUGUGAGAUGAUCUGUUACUGCAAUUUUAAUGAAUUACUCUGCUGCCCAAAAGAUAUCUUUUUUGGACCAAAGAUCUCAUUUGUCAUCCCUUGUAACAGCUCCUAAGGAAUACAUCAUAUUUUUAAAAGGAAGAUAAAUACUGGACUCUGAUGCUGAAGAUGGUAACAAAUGAUGUAAUUUUUAUAUGCUGCAACACUUCUUGCAAAAGAAGAGUUUAAGAUGCACACUAUUUCUAUGCAACUGCUGUAGUUUUCUCUAACCAAGACUUACAAAUAUUAACCAUGCC